AUGGCGGAGUAUUUAGCGUCGAUAUUUGGUACGGAAAAGGAUAAAGUAAAUUGUUCGUUCUACUUCAAAAUCGGUGCAUGCCGCCACGGAGAGCAAUGUUCAAGACUACAUAACAAACCGUCUUUCGGUCAGCUCCUCAAAAUACAGCUCAGAGUGCUGAUGGAUCUCACAAUCUGGUUGUAUUUAGGCACGACUAGUGUGAUAUUUAGGAAUGUCUUCAACCUUACGGAAGUCCAAGCUCAGCAAAUCUUCGACGAAUUUUUCGAGGAGGUCUUUGUUGAAUGUGAAGAGAAGUAUGGGGAAAUAGAGGAAAUGAAUGUAUGUGAUAAUCUCGGUGAUCAUCUAGUUGGAAACGUUUAUAUCAAAUUCAGGCGUGAAGAAGAUGCUGAAAAAGCUGUUCAGGAUUUGAAUGAACGCUGGUUUGGUGGGAGACCUGUUCAUGCUGAGCUUUCUCCUGUCACAGAUUUCCGUGAAGCAUGUUGUCGUCAGUAUGAACUGGGGGAAUGUACAAGGGGUGGCUUCUGCAACUUCAUGCAUUUGAAACCCAUUUCCAGAGAACUUUGUCGUAAAUUGUACAAUCGGAGCAAGAAACGUUAUGGGAGAAGACGUCGAUCACGUUCUCAUUCACCGUCCAAGAGUCGACGUCGCCGUUCAAGAUCAGCUGGUCGUGCGUCAAGGCGUUAG